GCAGAUACUCCUUCAGCAUAUGAAACAUGUUAUUCAGGCCAAGGUGGCCCCAUGUAUCCACGCCAUCUCCAAUCUUCAGUAUAUCAAGUCUAUAGCUUGCAUAAUAUAGAACUCUUCUCACCAAACAUGGAUUCCUCCCUAAGAAAAGACCAAAAGUUAGGGCCACUAGCUCCACUUCCCAUUUCUCUAUUACAGGGUAGCACCUUUUCAUCUUUGCCAGAUUUAGCAAAUGGAUCUCAUCAACCAAACCAUUACCAGUCCACAAAAAUCCUGGGGAGUUCUAGUGGCCAUUCAGAGAGUGAAAGUGGAAUUGCAAGCGGAGGAGAAGGAGUGACUGCGGCAAAUUCAGAGGGAUGCUUAUCAUUGGAUGGGGAGGGAAUGCAAAGUGGUCAAGGGCAAGUCGAGGACAUACAGCAAAUAGAUACUGAUGCUCCACCAGCUCCGUAUUCCAGAUCAAAGCAUCAUUACCCUUUUGCAUUAUAUGAUUGCUCCCUAUUGCAAGCAGAGAAACUUAAACAGAUGACUCUAGGAAAAACACAAAGGUCCAUUCCAGGCUUUUAUUUUUCAAGGACACCUGGUCAAAUUGGUAUGAACAGGACUAUGCUUCCUGUUAGCUCUGAAGACCAUAGCCCAGAAGAUAACGUUGACUUUCAAGACCUAAUUGAGGUACUGAGCCCUCAGAAUUCUUCUCACAACUCUUCUUCUUUGGAAUCCCUCUCAGUGACUUGUGAAGUGCUGGAAGCAGAGCCUACAGCACUGAGGCGCAGUGUAUCUCUGGAGAGUUGGCCAGCCUCUUACAAAAGCAAUGAAGACUUGUUCAGUCAACAGGGCUCUGCAGAUAUCACUCCUGGGAGUGAGCCCAGAGAAGAGCUGAGCAAACGUACAUUAGACUUACUGAAAAGGUUGGAAGAUAUUGAAUGUCCAGCUGAGCAGAAGAUGAAACGUAGUCUAUCUGAUGACAUUACCCUAAGGAGUGGCUCUCAUGAGACAUCUCUGCCAGGGAUCCGCUCUCAAGCGGAGAAAGUGAAAUCAGAAAAUGAAGAUCUUGGCUCUGAACUAACAGAGUUGAGCAGCAGUGAGGAGCUAUCGCUAAAGUCAGAAGAUCUUGUAGUACUAAAAGGCAGACUGAUGGAUUCCAAUGCUAGCUUUCGCAAGCACUUGAGUCGUUCUCUAGCUGGGGAUGAAAGAGAGGCAAAUCUCAGUAUGAUUGUGAAUGUAUCAUGUACUUCAGCCUGCACAGAUGAAGAAGAUGACAGUGACCUUCUGUCUAGCUCUACACUAACCUUAACAGAAGAGGAAGAAGAAGAAGAGGAGGAACUUGACGAACUCAAUAGAAGUCUUGGAAGUGAAGACGAAACUGGGGAUGGUAUAGGACUUCCCUUAGGGUCCGAUUUUAUCAGGCGUGAGCUGCAAGCAUGGAUUAGACCUACCUAUUUGUUGCCCAGAGAAAGAAGAAAAAUGAAUAGAGUAGUACAGGACAUAACAGGAACACCAAAAGUUGACAAGAUCUGGAAGAGUUCACUGAACAGAGAACAAGAAAAUAAUGGAAAUGAGAAAUAUGCAAAUGAGGAAGAUACAAGUAAAUGUUUGACAAAUGAAGAAGAGACUGUAAAUAACUCAAGUCAUCAAGUUGAUGACUUGGAAAAUGGAAAUGUUAACAAUAGACUGAGCGCCAUGAAGGACAAUGUAAGUACAGUAAACCACCCUGUAAAGAAAAAAAAUGGACCUUAUCCAUGGUUAUCAAUAACCAAGACCGAGAAACUCCACCCUCCCAGCAUGCCCGCUUUGGCAUAUCAUAAACCCCGUGAACUUGGACCCACCUGCAAUCAGAAGAGCAAUAUGCGAAUAACAUGUGAUGCUGUUGCAGAUGUAGACAUGCCAGAUAAUAGUUGCAUGACAUCUGAAAAAACCAAACCAGAGCCUUGUCACCAGCUAACAGAAGAAACACCGGAGUCAUCUUGUUCAUGCCAUGGUUCUACUAAUGAGAGGACAAACAGUCCAGACUGCACAGUACACGAGUUUGUGAAGGAGAUUCUGGACAUGACAUCAACUGCACUUCAUGGGUCACCUCCAAAGGAUGGGCUGAGUAGUGGCACAGGAGCACAAAUCAGAGAGAAGGUAUUGGAACAUUCCCGCAGGCAGCUGGAGAGAGGAGACUUUUACUCUUACCUGUCCAUUUCUUCCCAUGACAGUGACUGUGGGGAGCUUAAUGGACCUGUCCGUGCUACUACACCGGAGAUACUAGCACAAGAUGAUAGAGAGUUUGAGAGCAUGUUUGAAGGCUGCACACAAGACAAGGAAGAAGAGCAAAUAGCUGACACAUUUACUGAUCUCAAAGGGUCUUCCAAUGUGGCUACCACACCACAGCUUGCACCAAGUUUCCCACUGAAAACCACCUCUACUGUCUUCAAGAAUCCACAGAGCAGAGCCCAAUCCUCAGGACAACAAACCACAACAAGGGCAUCUGUCCGAAAAUUCCAGGGUCACUCAGAAGGCAAUAAAAAAAGUAGUAGUACCAAGCUUUCCAGCAAGAUAUUCCCUGCAACUCAAGAGAUGUGUUCAGAACCACAGCAGAAAUGUCCUGUUAAGCCUACAGCUUCUAGCCUCCCAGUUCUGCACAAGAGAGUGCGUGACCAGAGGUCGAUGACAGCAGGCAGCUCCUCAAUAGGCAGAGGUCAACAUAAGGUUGGUAUUAUAUUGUCCCUCUUCAGUUUUCUAGUCUGAUCGUCUAUUUCACCGAUCCUAGCAAAUAGCCUAAUUGGUCACCAUUGCAAGGAUGUUGGCAGCUUGAAUAGAGGCAUUCUGGUAGAGCAGUUUCUCUAUAAUCGACAAUGUCAUAGGUAAAUUUAUUAAAUUCCUGGCCCUAUGUCUGCACCUACAUAUCCCAAAUACAUUUCACACUUCCAUGACUUUGGUUACUCCAACCACAAUGACCACUUCAGUGAUUUAAAGUGGGCAUGGUGGUAGGAGUCAGUAUGUACAGUGUUCAGUCUAUUGCCAACUCUUGAUGGCUUUGAGAAUCUCUAUGUUCAUUAUACCUUUGUGCUCCAGAGGCCUUCCUUUAUCCUGCUUGCCUUUCUGAUUCUGCUGUGCAUUCUUCUCCAUAAGCUGUCCAUCUAAGUGUGCACAGCUGGAUGUUCCCCGAUCCAAUAACCAUUUUAAUCUUGGGUGAUGUGCCUUGCCAUCUUUUUAUAGCCAUACCGAUGGCGCACAUUUCUGUUGCCUAUAUACUUAAAACUUGAAAUAUUAUUAGCAUUCAAGCUGCAGGCCACAAUUCACCACUGCCAGGCAAGGACCACUGCAUAUUUCCACAAAGCACACAAUAGUGCAUAACAUAUGAUUGCAUGUGAGCAGCUAAAGCCCUUAGUACACAUCCCGUGGAGAUUCACAGUACAAUGUGCAAUGGCACUGCACCAAAAAAAACAAUAACAAAAAUUAAUAUUAUCUUUUGAUUCUUUGCAGAAGCCAUCCAAUGGACCCAAAACCUAAAGGGAGCUGUAAUCGACCCCAUCAACUGCCAGGGUACCUCCAUUGCAGGGGUCAAGGUGACAAUGAGUGUACUGGCCUCCUCCGUUUUGUCUCACAUGGCGUUUGGGGUUUAUGUACAUUCAUGUUUUUUGGAAAACCAAAUGUUUUGCUAACCCCUUUAGUUUUUUUGGGAGUAAAAACAGGGUAUAAUGAGUAAAUCCUGCUGCACAAUGCCUGGCGAUGUUUAAUGCCCUGGGUACUUAUAAAUUCUUGGUAAUGGGUAAGUUAUUUUAACAAAUCCCAAAAUUCCAGAGUCAUUGUGUAUGGACACCGCCAAUGUUGGCAUCAGUUAAAUACUACAAAAUUGUGGGGUAGCUUCAAACUACUGUUCCAGUAUGGAAAUGUAAUGUACUAUUUAAAAAACAAAAAACAAAAAAAAAACACAACACCAUCAACAACGAAAGUAUCAGGAGAUGAGAAAUAUCUAAAAAACAAAACACAACAGAAAACAAACAAGUGGUUGGGAAGUUAAAAGAUCUACGGAAUGUAAACAAAUAAGAGAAAAUGGCAACAGAGAACGGACAUGGACAAUUGUGGUAGGUGAAUUCAGAAAGUAGUUUAGCAAGUGAGAAAGUUUUAUACCAGGUUAUAAAGGGAAGUUAUAGGGGAAAUUCAGUAUAGCAGGUCCACUGCCUAUCAUUGAAUUCUGAUAGAUGUGUGCCCUUUAAGUGAGUUCAAGUCAGCUACAUAAAUGAAGGACUUGUUCACUUCCGAAAAAAAUACAAAAAAUAUCCUCAAAAACCUGAGAUUUUAGUGGAAUUUAAGAACAGAUUUUGGAAACCAUGGUUCGAGUAGACUAACGUGAAAAUGAAUGAUAAGGAAUGGUUACUUAGCAGUAUCUAGGAGGAAUAUCUGGAGCAAGGUGGAUAAUCGUAAGGAUUUGUAAAUUCAGUAUUUUGGAAUAUGUGAUUAGUAAACCCCUUCUAUGCAGGUUAAAAUGUACCUUUUUAUGCAGGCUUACACUUUACAAUCCAGUAAAUUAAUAAACCCAUGUAAUGGUAUUUGCUUAUACAAAUCCAUAUUUAUAUGGGAAAUUCAUGUUAUUUAAAUAGCAGUGGGAGCAGCCAUUGUGGUUACUUUUCACAGGAAUGCCAAGGUCAUGCCUUCCUAGUGUACCUCGUCCUUAGUGGAUGCAGAUUCUAGCAGUCUGAUAGGUGUGGAAGCAGAUAAGGAGAUAGUUUCAGCCAUAUUGGUUUUAAUACUGAAAACAGUUCUGAUAAGAUAAAAUAUCCCUAAAAACUAUUAAAGGGACACUAUAGUCACCAAAACAACUUUAGCUCUUUGAAGCAGUUUUGGUGUAUAGAUCAUUUACCUGCAGUGUCACUGCUCAAUUCUCUGCCAUUUAGGAGUUAAAUCACUUUACUUAUGCGCCCUAGUUACACCUCCCUGCAUGUGACUUGCACAGCCUUCCUAAACACUUCCUGUAAAGAGUCAGCUAAUGUUUACACUUUCUUCAUUGCACAUUCUAUUUAAUUUAAAAUUGAUUAUCCCCUGCAUUGUUGAUAGCUUGCUAGACCCCACAGAAGCAUUCUGUGUAUGAUUAAAGUUCACUUUAGAGAGCAGGCAAUAAGAACUUUUAAAGUACGUUACAUCUAAUUGAAAGUGAAACCAUUUUUUUCCAUGCAUGGUGUAUGAGUCACAGCACGGGGAGGUGUGACUAGGGCUGCAUGGACAGAAACAGAAGGGAUUUAACGCCUAAAUUGCAGAGAUGAGCAGUGAGAUUGCAGGAUCAUGAUCUAUACACUAAAACUGCUUCCUUAGGCUAAAGUUGGUGACAGUAGUGUCGCUUUAAAUAAAAUAUAUCUUAAACCAUUUCACAGACUGAAAAUAAGAAGUACUAGCUACAAAUAGGUUUAAAGAUGCUAAAAGAUAUACAGGUGACAGGUCGACUUUAAGUGGCUCCCAUCACUACUAUGAACCAGUAAUUUGUGGCCCAAUUACCUGCCAUCUGUUUGAACUGUAAAGAUUCAUUACAAUGAAGAUUAUCACGCUUUGGUUGAAGAAUAAACUCACCCUGACUUAGGCCUUAGGGGUGAGGAAAAAGAAAGAAUCUGGUAAUAAAUGCUAAUAGCAUGAUUUAAUGAGUGUUCUUCAUAUUUGUGUGUGAUAUGAUUUGCAUGAAUGGGGCAUUAGAAAGAUUAGCCCGAUGUCUCACCUUGCUUAAAUAUCACCGAGUCAUACUUGUUACACCAAAUAAUAUUUAUCUUAUUCCACGUGUCUUUCAGUAGCUUUGUGGUUUCCUGUAUUAAUCAAUAUUUCUCUAUAUAUUCAUUCACAAUACCUCUGCCUACUAUAUUAUAUUACAGCAGCUGCUUGUAGCUUUUCCAGCUGUUGAUUCAUAUAUAGAGCAUAAUGCUCUAAUGCCCCCUGUUUUUUUUCAUAGGACAAAUCAUUCCUUGAUUAGUGAUCAGGAACACAGUUAGGUAUCCCAGUAGGCAAUAUUUACAUCAGACUACUAGGUGCAACAUGAAAAAGUUCAAAAUGUACAUUUCUUUUCCCAUGAAUUGCUAAAAUGUAGAUUUGCAUUCAUGCAAACCCAAUAACAGUGCAUAACACAGAGUGUUUACUCACUAGCAUGUUCAUUUUAAUGGUGAUAAAGAGGGGCGUAGAUAUUGCUCCCAGUACAUUAAGUAUCACAGAACUGUAUUCAGGUUACACAUGGCCCUAGACAGGGUAUCAGAUUGGGGAGCCCCUGCUAAGAGAGUGACUGAGUGUGAGAGUGUGUAGUGGCUAAGUGUUGUGUAUGUGAAGGAGGUAGAGAGCUGUAGUUAGAUGCCGAGUGUGUGUGUAUAUAUAUUUAUAGAGCCCCACUUCACUUACCUUACCUGGUGGUCCAGUGGAGCGUGAACAGAAUCCCUGGUGGUCCGGUGGAGAGUGAGCAGGAUUCCUUGGUGAUCCGGUGGAGGGUGAGAAGGAUCCCUGGUGGUCCAUGGGGGAGGUCCAUCAUUUGUACGGAUUUCAGACCACAAUGCUCCUUCAACAAAAAUUAAGGUAGCUUUUGAUCUCCCUGUCAGCUUCCGGAGGGCCACAGCUCAAGGCCUAGAUAGGGGCCCAGCAGGUCCAUGUGUGAAUCAGAGCCCUGGGAAGCUGCCUUGGUGGACUGAAUGAGGGCUCUAGGCAGCUACCUUGGUCGGCUAAUGAGAAAUUCAGAUUUGAUGUAUCAUAACUUAUCUCCACCUUUCUAUUGAAGCCUAGGUAAUACUGGUAUUCACUUGAGAUAGCACAACAAAGUGUCUUAAAUUCUAUACAAUCUUGAUCCUACAUUUGCUUCCUGUUUCUAUACAUACGCUUAAAUACCUCCACUUGGUAAUACCUACAAUUUCAGAUUACCUUUCAUUUUGAUAACUUUAUUCCAGACAUGUUCAAUAAUGGAAAAAACAAAAUAAAAAUAAAUAAAUAAACUGAAACUGUAUAUUAUAUACAAAAAAUGGGAAGAUACAAAGUAUGAGAGAAAAGGAUGUUAUAUCAUGUAAACGGACCGAUUUAUUCAGUUCCUUACAUUUAAUCUUCCCUCUACUGCUCCAUAUUGUAUCUUCUACAUCUUCAUACAACUAUUCCGAAAAGCUCGGUGUUCAUUUAAUCUGUAUAUAUUUUUUGUGGCUGGUGACGCCGAGGAAGUGAACCAACGUCUGAACCAUUGUUUUGCACUGCACAUUUAUUUAGUAUUUGCUUCUGUCCACAGAGCAUGAAUGCCAAGUCAGUAAACCAAUUAGGAGGGUUAAUGGGGGGGUAUCAAAUAAUUUGCACAUAUUUUGUUAUGGUAACAAUAAGUAACACAGAACACAAAUUGGUAUUAUCCACCUUGUUCCAGGUAUCAAAAGGCGUUAUCAUACUCUCUGACGUCAAAUGGGUUAAAAAGCAGAAUAUGCUUAGUUUCUAAAUGUUAAGAAGGGUGUGGGGAGAGUAAGGAUGGAUAUUUCAAUCAGUAUCCCUAAAUAUGGGUGCCUUGCCAUGUGUCUUAUUCCUUUUAGGGAGAAAAAUAAAUAAAUUAAUGAAUGUCCCCUGUUGGUGGGAAGAAGGUAAGAGCCUGAUGAUGGGGUCCUGCAGGUUUGGGGGUUGGAUGCGGAUGUGAAUAUUCAAUGUAUAUACCUGGAUGUAUUAUAUCAGUGGCCAAGCUUCGAUGUGUGUAGUGUGAACAUGUGGGAAUAUGAGCCUUAAAAAUCAAUUAAUAUGCAUGGGAACUUCAGUAAUAAACACUAAGAAAACCAC